GCCCGAGCCCUGCGCCGCCGCCGCCGCCGCCGCCGCCGCCCGGGGCCGGGUCACCGCCGCGCAGGCCACGCGAGGGGCAGGGCGCCGCGUCAGGGGCCGGGCGGACUCGGCGCUGCCUGCGGAGACACAGAGAGAGGGUUACGGCCGGCGCCGGCGAGCGCCGCGGCUGCGCCCGUCCAGCCGGGCCCGCGUUACCUCGGCCGCCGCCCCGAGCGCGGGCUCCUCCGGCCGCCACCUCCUCCGCCCAGCUCUGCCGCCGCCGCCGCCGGAAAAGGCGCCGAGGAAACCGCCUCACUUCCCCUCCCGACUGCGCAUGCGCGGCGCAGGCCGGCCGUUCGGACGGGCGCGACCUCUGUCAGGAGAGCGGCCCGCGCGCCCGGCGUCAUGGCGCCGCACGAGGGGCGGGGCUACGGCGGCUCGGAGGGGCGCGGGGGCGAUGCGCCCGGCCCGCGAACCCCGGCAUCUGACCCGCGGCCCCAGCUUGCCGUCCUGGCUUCGCGUCCCCUGUCCGCUUCCCCUUCCGCGCUCUCCGCGUCCGCCCCUUCGAGCCGGAGGCGCGGAUGCGCGGGAGGCGGGGCCGCUGCCACGACGGGCGCCCCUGGGCUGCUGGGCGGCCCGCCCUCGCGCCCCGACGCCCGGAGCCCGCGCGGGCUUUCCCUCCUUUGGGCGGCGUCUCGGGGGGCGCGUGGAGGCCGGGCUGGGCGCCCCCCGCGGUCUGCGUUACGGUGUGACCGGGGGACCCUCCGGGCCCGCGGCUGUCCGGGUGUGACGGCUUCCGCGUGCACACGCCGUCCCCGCCCGUCCGCCGCUCACCCUCGGAAGCCGGGCCCGGUGUCCGCGCCCGGCGCUCGGCUCGCGAGCUCGUGUCGGGCGCACCGCGCGUCCCGGCUCACCCUCUUAACCCCCAAAUUAAGCCAACUCCCUGCCUACACACAGCUGUUUGGAAUCUCAGCAUGGUGUGCCAAGCCGUGCCAUGUCCGACCCCAGGAUCCCAAUUGGCGAACCCCGGGCCACCAAAUCGGAAGGUGCAAACUUACCUGCUGCGCUGGCCAGCCCGCAUACAGAUUCCAGCUUUUCCGAGUGGAUGGGGGAUUGAUCUGCUGGUUGGACUUGUAUUUCAGUGGAAGAGUGCAGGCUCCACGGAGGCAGGGACUGUCUUGUCAGCAGCAUGUUCCCAGCGGCAGCGGUUGGGUGUCAGGAGGUCGGUGGUUAGUCGAGUGAACGAAUGCCUUUUAGACCACGGGUGAGACAAGGGGAGAAAGGUGAAGGAGCUGAAGCACUGAGAAGGGGAGCAACUUCCUUAAGAUCAAGAACUGGUACAGAGGAGAUUCAAAUUAAGAUUUUUUGAUCCAAGUCUGGUGUUCUUUUAUCUAUCGUACCAAAUUAUUGUGUGAACUCAGGAAGCUGGAUUAGAUCAGUGGUUUUCAGCCCUGGCUGCAAAUUAAAAUCACCUGGUUUUGAAACCACACAAAUGCUUGGGCCCCACUCCAGAUCAAUUAAGUCAAAAUGUCUGUGGUAGAAGUUCUACCCACCAUUUUUUUUAAGGCUCCCCGAGUGAUUCUAAUGUGUAGCUAAGACUGAGAACCACUGAACUAAUUGGUAACUUCCCCUCACGUUAAAAAUGCUGUGAAUUCUGAACUCUGCUUUGUUAUUCUUUGUCCCCAAGAUACAUACUCCCACACACAAUUUUUUUUUUAAAGAUUGGCACCUGAGCUAACAACUGUUGCCGAUCUUUUUUCUUUCUUCUUUUUCUCCCCAAAUCCCCCCAGUA